CAGUUGCAGGAACCUAAUCAGCCCAUCAGCAGAGAGCCCGCAUCACAGAAACCUCUGCCUCCACUGGAAGCGGGUGAAAGUGAACCAGUGACUUUGUAGCAGUUUGAAAAACUUUGGAUAAGUUUGCGCUUUCAGCAGAAAUGUCUCAGUUCGGAGCCUUUCACUCAUCUAUGUGGACCAGUUUCAACAGAGAAGGCUGUGAAGACUGAUCGGCUCCUACUGAGAGUGAUUUUUAAGCCAUUAACUCGGGGAUGAUAUGAAACGGUUACAUGGAAACAGCUUUUACGCAGCGUGAUGGGAGUACAGAGGCGUCUGGAGUCCGACGCUAACAUCGAUUUUCGCUGGAAUUUGCACCUCGUGCCGUGUUGAUGGAGCGGGCUUUGGUUUCCAUAUGCAGUGUGUUGCUUCUCACCAACUGUUUAUGUGUGUACGGAGCUCCCAAACACACCCAUCGGCUGGUCUGCUGGAAAGCCAUCCUCAAGUGUCAUGGAGAGCCGGAGUGCCAUUACGCGUACGACCAGUACCUCUACGCCUGCUCGCCUGUCCUCAGCGGGGAACGCAAGAAGUGUCCCAGCCACUGCAUCUCUUCUCUGAUCCAGCUCAACUUAACCCAGAGCGGCCCGGCUCUGGAGGACUGCGACUGCGCCCAGGACCCUGUAUGCAGGAGCACCAAACAAGCCAUCGAGCCGUGCCUGCCGCGGGCCAGCAACAUGGGCUGCACUGAGGCUCGGCGGCAGUGCGAGAUGGACCCGUCUUGCAGGGGUGCUAUGAGGGAUUAUUUAUAUCACUGCCGAAAACUGUUCGGAGGAGAAAAGUGCUCGGAUAGCUGCCGCAGGGUGAUAGCCAGCAUGCGCACGAUCCCCAAGGCGCAGCAGCUGGACACAUGUGUGUGCGACGGCACGGAGAGGAACAUAUGUGAGUACAUCAAGGUCAGCAUGAAAACGUUCUGCUCUGAUUCCAGCGACAGGUUCGCGGGGAGCGGAUUCUCGGACAUAGAGGACGACGAGGAUGAUUACGUCGAACCGGAGGAUUACAUAUGCGUGGAGAACUCUAGUAGCUCCACACUUUAUCAGAGUUUCCCCAAACUCCUGAGCACCAUUUUGAUUUUUGCCACACUUGUGUGACAAAUGCUUCUUUUUUUCUGUUUUGUUUUGUAUAGUACACUAAAAUUUCAAAUAGUCAUACCUGCCAUUAAAAUAAUAAUAAUGAAAGAACAACUUAAACAUGCCUUUAGCAGUCUGCGCAAUUUGGCAUUUGUUUCUUACGUAGAUGCAACAUAAAGCUAUGUUGGCAGAGUCAAUGGUAAAGUAUAUUGUAUAAAAUAUAAUUUAAAGAGAUUUGCACUGCAGUUGAGUCCCACGUUGUGUCCACAGAGGAGAAAGUUAUUUUAUUAUUAUUUUAAAGUGCCUGACAGUCGCCAUGUUUUGUUCUGUUUUGUUAAGCAGUAAAUGGCCAAAUCUGUGAAAGUCGUUUUCCCACAUGUGCUGAGGGUUUCUCCACAACCCCUUCAUUAAAAACCAAAGUUGAUAUAAGCCACCGAAUCCCUUCUUAAACUGCGGGCAUGUUCGUGCCCAAAAAUGUAUCUCGGUAGAAAGACACACUUGACCUUGUAAACACGGAUGUUUGCCUUAGGUCUAAUCUGUUAGUCCCUGGGAGCUGUUCAAACAGAGCGGAGGAAGCUAAACUGAAGCUACGGUGAAGCUAAACUGAAGCUAAGCUCCACCUGCUGGGGAUUAGCAGCACAAAUGACUCCAAAUGUGUUAAAUCAGUUUACUUUAACUCAUCUGUUGAAGUCGUAAAUGAGAAUAAAUGUGAUUCUCUGAACAUCUAAUCAAAAAUAAAUAAAUUAGCCUAUUUAAGUUUGUUUGUGUUUUUUUCUCUCAAGAUUUUAACUUGUGGUAAAUGUCUUAAUCACAUACAGAAAGAAGCCAUUAUUAUCACGGCAGCAUAUUCUUUUUCCUCAAUGUGUGUGUGUUUUUUAUAAUGAACCCAUGUGGUGAUUCAUGCCCAGGACUUGCUGAAGGGAUUGGACAUUAUAUUCUACACAGUGUUAUUAAAACCAUACAGCAAUCA